UAGCCAACUCUCCCAGCUGUUAAACAUGAAGAUAAAAGCCAGCAUGUACACAGUGAUUCGCUUCUCAUUACUGAUUAUUGGCUUCACUCUGGUCUGCCUUGGAGCUUUCUACAUAUCUUCGAGCUAUGUCUGUAACUGUAAAAGAGAGAUCAUUGUGGCUUAUUCUCUGUUGCCAGUAGGAUUUAUAUUGCUCCUGGUUGGGAUUUUCUGGAGCACAUAUCAUGAGGCCAAUCACAAAAAUCUCUUCCACAAUAUGAUCAGGCGAAUCCAUAGUCAACAAGAAGCACAAGUCGAGACAGUAGACAGGCCAAAUUUUUAUCCGCCAUCUUAUGACAGUGUAAUUCAAGAAAUCCAAAUGCAGCCUGGAAAUGCAGAACCCAUAAGUGUGGUUGAAGUGGGACUCAACAUCCCCCCGCCGCUAUAUACAGAGAGUUCUGUGGACAUUGUGGAUGAAACUUACAACAACCAAGAGCUUCCUCCUUCAUAUGAAGUUUCUGUGCAACCAUCCAACACGGACACAGGAUGCAUCACAGAAGAUGAUUCUGGUGUGGUACACGUUAAUAACGUAGAAAUGAGUGACUAACUGUAGAAGCAGUGCUUUACAGACUAGUAUGUCAGAUAUAAUUCAGGCUCUCUGCUCGACAAGGGCAGUGCUUUUUUGCACUCUGGUGUGGGGAGGCUACUCCAGAUGUUCCAGAGUCUAGUUCGGUGCACAGGGAGUGGUAUAAUUGAAGGGUAACACAGAUUGUCUGUGAAUCUGUGAUAACCUAAAUGGAGAAGCAGACUGUUAACAUAAUUUAACACACUGAACUGUGGGAUUUGCAGAUGAGGGAGCAGUUUGUAGAAGCAUACCAAUAUACUUGUUUGUGCCACACUAAGUUUGGGAGAGUAGAAUGUAAUGCUAGAAUGUCAUGAAUGAAAUGGUGUAGGGCAGUCCAUGCAGACUGGUUAUCGUGAAUAUAUUAAUACUUUCUUUUAAGAAGGUUCUCAUUGCUAUUGUUGCUAAAUAUGUUCCACGUAAAUGUUGGGGUCGUUGUAUAUAAGCAUGUAGACAGAUGCAAAGAGCAAAAACACAGCAACAAUUAGGUGAUCUCCUAUGAGGAAAGCAGAAUCUAGAUCAAGGGUGCACACUUUCUGUCCUCGAUGGCUUUACAGAAGUAGUUUAAGGAGUUUUGAGUUGAUGUGCUUGCGUUCAUACUGGCAGGUCCAAACAUUGUGACCCUCGAGUACUGUUGUUGUGCACUCCUGGCCAUUAAAGAUGGCCCUGCCAAGAAAUGGCCAGGAACAAAGCUCUGUAUUUCUGUUGAAUGAUUGAUCUUCCAAUGGGAAAAAUAAUAAGGAGAAUUUUUAAGAUGUGGGAUUUUAUUGGUGGCUAGGAGUGAAUACUGUGAAAAUGACUACUUUGUGGUUUUACUGUAGUGCUCAUGUGGCACAUGUUUUUUUGUUACGACUAAACAGAUAUGAAAGCUUGCUAUCAUAUCGAGGCAUGAUAGUAUUGCAACAAUGUUUGACUUAGCGUUAAGGCAAAUUCGAAUAGAACUGAAUUCUCUGUUUGUAAUGUUCUGGUACAAAAAAAGAUUCCAAUCUUAGUAUACUAAUACAUUAUUCAAGUGAGAUAUAGUUUGAGACUGCAUUGUAUAAUCUAAAUGUCCUUGUACAUUGGUCCAUAUCUUGUAUCUGUAUUUACAAAUAUGUUUUGUAUAAUGUGUAUAUGUGUUUAUAAAUGGAAUAGAAUGUUUGUAUUGUUACCAUUCUAAUUAUGUAAAUAUGUUUUUGGUCUUUUAUUAAAACAUAGUUUAUUGAAAUGUAA